GCAUUCCGCGCGCGAGAGGUAACCAGAACGUACGAAGGGGUUUGUAAAUGGACACUGCCGCGGUCAUGUAGACGGAAGCUCUGCAUACAAUGACAUGGGUGUAAGAAGGUUGCUGAAGCAGAGGCCGAUCCAGCUAGCCAUCGCCCAACGUUAUUCGGAGGAUCUGUACGUUUGGGGUGACAAUUUUGCCCCGUUCCUUGUGGAAGUUCAUUUUCGGGGUCGAGAGCAACAUAGCUCAGGUGGUCUGGAUUCAGGCAGGGAAAGAGCAGCCGGGAAGAGUGAGAUCGCAGAGGGAAGGUUGACGAUCGCUUUGCGAUUAAGCAGCGCAGUCUCGAGUUGGUGUCGUAAGAAGAGCUACUCUGCUUCUGAGGUGAACAUGCGCUCGUCUGCAUGGAACGCAUAUACCGUCGGCUUCGCCCUGUUCAUCUCGAGGAUGUAAAGACAGUCGAGGACACACACUUAUGCUGCAAACUCUAGAAACUCAAGUGCAUCCGGCUGAGUUGUGCAGUACAAGGUGUUGCG